AUGUCUCACCUCCACAGCGUUAAUUUCCCAGCCUACGAGGAGAUCUCCAAGCAGUUUCACAUAUCUGCAGCAGUCUGCAUUCCGACGGGUUGUCGCCUGGUGGCAACGUCAGGUCAUGUCGGGAUGGAUGACAACGGAGACGUGAAAGUUGAUCUCCGUGAACAGAUUGAAUGUUCCUUCCAGAACGUAGAAAAGGCGAUUCGAGCCUGUGAUCCUCAGCUAAGCACCGAAGAGAUUUGGAACUCUGUGUACCAAGUCACAACCUACCACGCCGGCGGAGUCGGAGAGGAGGUGAUGCUGACGCUCCAGAGUGUUGCGAGGAAGUAUAUGGGACACCAUCGACCUGCCUGGGCUGCCAUUGGAGUGGAGACUUUGGUGAUAGGCAAGUUCGAGAUGAGUGUGUUUGCGGCAUUACCUGGUCGAAUAGAGCUGUCGUGA